GCCCUCCUUCAUUGGCCCCUUCUCCGCCAUAAUAAUUGCACGCAACCUCAGUGGAAAGAACACAAGGAUAGGCAUACUUGUUUGCCCCCCAAUAGAUCUUCCCUUUUCACUCGCCAUUCGAAUGCAUACGUCAGUGUCCACGGGCUGAUGUCACGCCAACGGCUGGCUAUGUUCUCCUUUAUAUCCCCUCCUCUUCCCGGCCACUUGAGCCAAACAAGCCUCCACAUGCACGCGUGCCAUGGCGGAAGAAGCCUUCGAGACCUCGGUUGCUAGCUCCUCCUCUGUGUCAGCCAACAGCUGGUGGGAGAUCCCCGCCAACUCCGUCGCCACUCGGAGCAGCGUCAGCCAAUGGCCAAGGCCGAGCCUCCGCUCCGCUUCGUCGUGUGACGAGGAUAACAUCUCCGUCUGCAACACCACUUCCUUCACCGACGUGUCCCCCCACUCGGGCCUCAGCAUGAAUUCCUCCUCCGUCGGCCUCUCAGGCGAGCCAGUGGAGAACCACCAUUUGUGGAACCAGGUUCUAUUAAAUGUCGGGAGCGGCGGAGACAUGCGCGGCAACCACGACGACGACGACGGCGAGAACCUGCUUGAAGUGAUGACCUCCAAAGGCUUCACGCCGGACGAGAUGUUUGAACCUGCUUGUGACUACCUCAAGAAAUUGGACGGCAGCUGGGAAUUCGCGAACCCACUGUCGCUGAACAGCCUCAAGAAGCAAUUGGGCAACUACACCGGAAGCACAAUGGUCCAGGUUGCAGGAGUGACCAAGGACAUAUCGGAAAUGGUUAGCAACCGGUCUAUUGCGCCUCCGAACCCGCAGCUCGAUCGCCAUGUUGCGCCAUCAGCCUGCGGUUUCCCUUUCACCCCACCGAUGGCUCAGUAUUCCACAUCAAAUGUCGCUCAUGCCAAGCAUGAGAUUCUUCAUUCCCCAUCGUAUCCCGACGGUGAUAUGGCAAGGGGAAGAAGUACAGGUCAUAUGUCAUAUUACGAUCGCAUUAUCAAAGCAGAGAGCCACCACCAAGACAUGGGAGCUGCUGCAACUUCUUUCCUACGCAAUGGCGUUGGCUACCACCAGGUUUCGGCCGUGGGACUCGACAACAAGUUCUGUGCAGCAGGGACGAGUGAGCUUCCUUGGACAAGCACGAGAAGUUUGUCGGACCUCAUCUCCUUUAGUGGCUGUCUAAACAAGCUACCGGUGGAUGUACUACGACCCUCAAGGCCUUAUUUCAAGGGCUCGGAUUCAUCUGAUACCAGGAAGCAUGGACAUGAUAGUUCCUCUACUAGAGGGAAUGGGAUGGUCUCUGGAGCAAGUGAAGGUAAGAAGAAACGAUCCGAGGAGAGUUCAGAGACUGUGUCGAAGAAGUCCAAGCAUGAGAACUCAGCCGUUUCAUCUCUCAAGUUGCAGGCACCGAAGGUCAGGUUGGCAGAUAAAAUCACUGCACUGCAACAACUUGUGUCACCUUUCGGGAAGACUGACACAGCAUCAGUGCUACUCGAGACGAUUAAAUGCAUCGAAGUUCUUCAAGAGCAAGUACAGUUGCUGAGUGACCCAUUUAUGAAGUCAAGUGCUAGCAAGGAUCACAGUUCUUGGGGAGAGAUGGAGAGGAAGGAGAAAGCAGAGGCGAAGCUUGACUUGAGGAGCAAAGGACUCUGCUUGGUUCCUAUUUCUUGCAUUCCUCUAGUCCACCGAGAAAAUUGCGGACCGGACUACUGGAUGCCAACGUUUCGAGCCUGUCUCUACAGAUGACCACUAAAUCUUCUCUGCUUCUGAUGCAUCAUCAUUUCUUGCACCGCCUAAACCCUGCUUUCAGACAGCUAUAUAUAGAAGAAAAUAUUUGCCUGUUGAGCACUAACUGUGUUGAUAAGAUAUUGUCAAAGUUCAAAGUGAUGCACAUUAGAUUGUCUGCCAUCUGCAAUCUGGAUUGUAAAUUUGGGCUUUUUCCUGAUGCAAAUA